AUGUCUUCAGAAAAGAGCCACCGUCUAUACGUCAAAGCCCGCCAUGUCAGCUACCAGCGCGGCAAACGCAACACAAACCCCAACGUGAGCCUCCUCGCGCUUGAAGGCGUCGACAGCACGCAAGACGCGCAGUGGUAUCUCGGCAAGCGCGUCGCAUAUGUCUACCGCGUUGCCAGCAGCAAAGAAGAAGGUCCUCGUGUGAUCUGGGGCAAGAUCCACAGGACACAUGGCAACUCUGGUGUUGUUCGCGCAUCUUUCCAGAACAACCUCCCGCCAAAGUCAUUUGGUGCGAGUCUUCGGGUUAUGAUGUAUCCUAGCUCGAUUUGA